CCCAAAUAACGAAAGCGCUGACAAUUAUUUAUAGACGAUGAACAACUCUUCUGUGCAAAGACUAUGAGGCUUUCACAUAGGGAGCGAGCCACGUACGACGUGGGGUUUGCUACCUUGGAUAUAACCAUCGUAGAAAAGUAUGAGGAACGACAUCUAAGACACAAUCAGAGUUCCUACGUGGGUAAAACUCGGGUCCCUAAGGGCGAUACUGAGGAAGUAUCUUAUACCGUCUCACUUCUUCCCAAAACACCUGGCCGGAUGCUAAAAAUCUCAUCCACUCAAUACCAUACUCAAACUGGGACUUUCCUCGGGAUCCCUUCACUCAGUUUCAACCGCACCGUCCCCAGUGAUUCUCCAGUUUUCGACCUAGUGUCACGGGGUCGAAUGGCAGACCUGCAGAAGCUUUUGAUGCAAGGCCAGGCAUCGUUGAGGGAUCAUGACGAACAUGGCACCUCACUUCUCCAGUACGCGUUUACCCAAUUACAACCAGACAUGUGUAGAUUUCUGGUUGAUCAUGGGGCUGAUGUCGAUCAUUUGGCACGCUGCGUAAUAAGGGGGUUCGACCUGACGAUUAACGAAACUGCCAAGGCCGGUGUCUUCCACCACAUUAUACCCGAUUUUGCUUUCAACGGGCGACAAUUUGCACGUCUAAUCGAGUGUCGAAGGGUCCUUCUAAAUGCAGGAGCAGACCCAACGAUUUGUUAUGAGGAGGAUGGUGUCCCCUGGGGGAGCGCACUCAACUAUGCGUUGUAUAGUGGCACACCGGAGAUGAUGGAGUUGUUUCUAAAUCACGCUGGUCCAUUUGCCGACGUGAACAACAGCUCGACAGACCCAAUGGGACAAUCUCCCUUUCUAGCGUACUGCUCCGAUACGCAAUGGACUAUCGAGGGAUUUCAAAUGCUCAUGCGAAGAGGAGCUAAUAUCCAAGCUCGCGAUGCUCGCGGCAAAACAAGCCUCCACCUCUGCAUCUACGAAGGUGAUUUCGUGAAUGAUUCCAUGACGCCCCGUGCAAAAUUCGAUGCGCUGGUCUACUUGGUGCAGUGCGGUGCGGACGUCGAUGCAGUUGACGACUCCGGCGUUUCGGUUUCCCAAACUGCAUACGAGAGUGAUGCAAGGCAAGGUUAUUACGCAAUCCCACCACGAUAUGCAGGACUCACAGAAUUCGUUCGCGAUAUCGAUGCAGUUGACAGCUUCGAUGUUUCGGUGGCCCAAAUUAUAGGUGAUCGGCAUCGGCAGUCAAACAGUCAAGUGGGCGACAUAUGGGAUGCAGUACUCGCAGAAUGCGGUCACGAUGUCGCUAAAUAUCACAGUCGCCAUCCGAGAGUAGCCAGGUAUACCAAGCAUUACACCCCAGCAGACUUCAGAAGCAUUUGGCAAGGAAAUGAAGAGCGAUGUCCUUAUUACGAUGAGGAUGAGUUGUCUUGGCUAUUGGAGAACUGGGAAACUGGUUUCUUGCCAGCGCUGAGGGAGGGGAAAUGGGGGGAUUGGGGGAACAUAGAGUGGGAGAGCGUCUCAGACUUUGGCUCAGAGGUUGACUCGGACGGCUCGAUUGAUGGCGGCGUUCAACUAGACGAUGAUCACGAUGCCGAGACGGUGGGAUACUGAUUCAAAAUAUUGUUAUUCGAGUUGGCCCCUUUACUUCGGAUAGAACAAGGUUUCAGUAUAAAAGGUUGUUGAGUAUUUGGGCGAGUGUUGCUAUCCAGACUGUAAUCCUGUGUCCACAUAAAAUCUGCCAAACUAAUUUUCUUUUGUCAUAGAACCUAA